CGAUGAUGCGCUUACAAGGAGGCAGUGGUAGACAGACCGCAUUGGGAAACACUUGUUCUUCUUGAUAAAUCUUACCUACAGAGGGCAGUGUUUUAGGCUUCUACGACCUGAGUGACCAUCGCUCUCACUCUGCAUCACCAGAAAAGAAGAGUAACGAGUUGGAGCUCUACGACGCUUACUGGUUGAGAACUUUCUCCCGAUUAAAAUAAAACGUUAUUCAAGGGCAUCUGAUUCUUGUAAUGGAGUUAAGGCUGAAUAAUAGGUUCAUGACGCUGGGAACAAUCUGUGCAUUACUUGUGAGUCUGACGGGAUGCGCCGCAGGAGAACUGGCUGCCCCUGAGAGGCACUACAAGAUUCUUAUGCUCCUACCUGUUGGCUAUGAGAGUCACAGGACUGUUUUCAUGCCUCUCGCCGAGGCUCUGGCCGACCGAGGUCACAAGAUAGUGAUAUUGACCAACAAACCAAAGUCCUCCAAACAUCCCAACAUCCUGGAGGUCAACCAUGGCCUUCAGCUCAGCAGUGCCAGAACAAGUUUAAAUGUUUAAAUUACCCAAUGAACGGCAUAAGUCACUUCGCUACGGGUCUUCCAACAAUGGCCCGCGAUUUAUACAAAGUUCCCAAGGUGAAGGACCUUUUUGAACGA